AUAUAUAAUUAUAUAUAUUAUAAAAUAUAUAUAAUUAUUUAUAUAUAUAUAAUUAUAUAUAUUAUGAAAUAUAUAUAUAUAAUUAUACAUUUGGGAAUGACUUUGUAUAAACGUUUGUAAUCGGCGGCUUUCUCAAGAAACUGCUCCACGUUGUCGGCUAUCUUAUUGUUAGUCACGUGACAAUAUAUAAAAUAAAAUUCUAUCAAAUAAUUCGUGCACCAUUUAUUUUCGCAUCAAUCUAGGAACAUAAGAAAUCUGUACGUACGAUAGCGAAGAUAGUCGAAUUUAAAUGAAUCGCGCAUUGUAAUAGUACGUUGUCAGGUAACAGGUGCGCUGGAUAAUUUCACGCGGAUUUCAUUUUGAAUGUGAACAUCUCCCCUUGAGGAUGAAUUGUGAAAUGAAAAUUAACUGAUAUUCUCGCCGCCGUUACGACCGACAAAAAAAAAGGAUAAAUUGUAACUGGUAUGUUCAGAAAUCGUAUACCGCACCGUGUCGAAACGGACAUUAUGUGCACUGAAAGUGAUCAAACCACGAUCAGUCGUGCGUCCUGCUUUUUGAACAUGAACGACACACAGAAUCUGAACAAUUCCGAUUUCGUACCAAAGUCUGAUUAUAACGAGAAAUGGCACCUGGGAAAUAAAUGUCUUUUUCGUAAUCAACAAUUCCUCGAGGGGGACAAGUGUGAAAUGAACAAACUAGCGUGUCCAGUAUCGUGCGAUCUUUGUUUGCACUUCAGAGAAAAAUACAAGUCAAAAAGAAGCGAAAGCGCUUUGAAUCAGAAAUCAGGCGAUUGGAAAUCUGACGAAAGUAUUGUUAAGAAUUCCUCGGAGUGUGUCGUACAGGAACCUUCGAUCACCGAAUGGAGAUGGAAAAAUCCCUACAGCGUUUCUGAUUUGGAUCGAUCGAAACGUUGGUCUCGACGUAAUUUUACUUCAGGGGAUGACUUUACAACGAAUUUGUUACGCGAUUUAUGUAAUAAAGAAAAUCGUUACAAAAAUCCUGUGAAAGAUGAUACUAAGAAGAAUUUCUUGUACAAUUUCCACGAAUAUUUGGUCAAUUACCAAGAAUCGUGCGGCGUUCCACGAACAGAAUACUCUUUUUCGACUCUCAUUAACACGAUGGGUCGAGCAACAGGUCAAUCUCUUCUUGCGUUGUUGUACGUCAUGCUGAACAUUAUACCUGUUAUUGAGGUAUUCCUACACUUAUUGCGAUUCGUUCUGGACAAAGUGAUUAGCAUAAGCAACAGCAAGGACUUCCGGCAAACGAUCACUCGAUGUUUAGUAUUCACGACAGAAUUAUUUAGUGUCUAUAUAUGUCUAAUAUUUAUAUUCGGUUUUAUUGUCUUACCAAUUGUACACAUGGUAAUUGAUAUAAUAGCAAAGAUCAUGCUCUACAAUUAAUCGUAAUAACGAUCGUUUAUAUUUAAUUGGAUGAUUUUAGAACUAAUGUGGUUAUUACGUGAUUUGUCAUAUAAUUAUUGAGAAUUGUUUAUACAUGCACAAUUAAAAAAGCUCCUUUAAAUACA